UUCUCAGUCUCGAGACCAAGACAAAGAAGUUGUAAACCAUGACUCGAUUGUAGAUUUCUACUUCUUGGUAUCGCUUCUUCCGGUUUUGCCUCUUUUAAGGCCGUUCAACUGCUAAUAAGACAUACCCUUCUAAUUCCAUGCCAAUCAUGGCCACUACAUCGCGCCCAUGCUCCAUAAGGCAGAAGUUCAAGAACUUGUUCGACCACAAGGGGAAAGAUAAGCCCGACGAGGUCCGCAACGUCCUCCUCGUGGUGGCGACCCUAAUCGCUGCCGUGACCUUCCAGGCUGGCGUAAACCCCCCGGGCGGGGUCUGGCAGGAAGGGGACAAGGUGGGACGGGCCAUAUAUGCCUCAGACGAGACGGCCUUCUUCGUGUUCCUGACGUGCAACACGCUCGCCCUCUCCUCAUCAAUCGUCCUCAUUAUCUCCCUCACCUGGGGCUUCCCUUUCUUCCUUGAGGUGGUUGUCGCCACUGUCUCGAUGGUGAUAACUUACGGGGCCUCGAUCUUCGCAAUCACCCCAAGGGAGAGGAAGAUGUUGAAGUUCCGGUACUUGUUGUCCACCGCGGCAGCUCCGGUCCUCGUGAGGACUGUCAUUCAGAUUUGCAAGCCGGCACCAACCCCCCUUGCGAGGGUUUGGCAUGAGGACGAGUACAAUCACAAGGUGGGGUGGGCCAUCUACACCUCGGACAUGACAUGACAGUCUUCCACGUGUUCUAGACAUGCAACACGCUCGCCCUCUCCUCAUCAGUCUUCCUCAUAAUCAACCUCACUCGGGGCUUCCCUUUUUUCCUCGAGGUGGUUGUUGUAACGGUCUCGAUGCUGAUGACUUGCGGGGCCUUGAUCUUCGCGAUCAUGCCGAUGGAGAAGGUGAAGUUCCGAUAGUUGUUGUCCAUUGCGGCUGCCUCGAUUGUCGUGGGGGUUGUCAUUCGGAUUUGCAAUUAUGUCAUUGUGAAUUUGUGAAGUCCAGAGGAAAAUAUAACUUGUACCUUCGGUAGUUAAAAGCGAUGCAUCUUGGUUUUGAGUGGAUUAGCUCUCAAUAAUCAUGUAUUUUCAGUAGGCAUGUCCGUUAGCAAAAGACAAAAAAAAAAGAAAAGAAAAGAAGGGCAUAAUGUUGCAAUUGUAGAAGCCACGAUAGACUUAGGUUUGAUUGUCCAUCGAGUAGAAUAAGCAUGUUUCAUUGGUGAAGCUCUUUCUCUCUAUGCAAAUUUUAAAUCUAGUAAGCAGUUUAUUGGA